GUUUUGCUGCCACCAUAAACAAACAUGAGUGUCAGGUUUUCUUUUUUUUAAAAAUUGGAAGUAAGUGCUUAUGAAGAGCUUAAAGUUUGUAGAGUGAAAAACAUGACUUCCAUGUAAAGUUUUUUGAGGGUUUAGCCUAUAAAAAUAAUACAUAGGCGGAAGUCCAUUCUGUGACAACAUCAUACACUGUUUUUAUCUGCUGCACAGAUAAAAAUAGCUUAAAGGUUCAACAAAACUCAAGUUUAUUUUCUGUUUAAAAAAAAAAGAAGUCAAAUUUAGGUCCUCGUUAAGUUUUAAUAGUCAACAAAUGGUUAAUAAAACGAGCUAUGAAAGAUACGUGGAUUUGCCUGCCCGCACACCCUUUCCAUAGAGUGAAGUUCCACAGAAUAUUAUUUACCUGAGGGCAAGACUUCCUUGGAAAUGACACGGCCUCGUGAUUAGGGAGGGCUUUAAAAAGCGUUCAACCAGCCAAACGGGCAUAGUACACCUCGUUCUGCACUCAGAGACGCAACUCUCAGCAGCAAACAAGCAAGCCUCUGGUUAAUGAAAAGCACCCUUCGACGCAUUGCUUAUUCUGCAUAUCUGAUAUGAACAUGGUCACCGCCGAGGAGCUCGAGUGCUGCGUGUGCUGCUACGAGUAUUCACGCAGCAACAGGAUCCCGCGGGUCCUCCACUGCAACCACACCUUCUGCGCCCCUUGUCUGGAGAGAAUGUCCAAGCUGGAGGGUGUCAUCUACACCGUCUCCUGCCCUCUCUGCCGUUGGAUUACCUGCACCAGAGCCAGCCUGACUUUGCCAGGGGCUCUUUGGGUCAACACGGAAAUCUGGGACCAGAUUUCUGAGGAGCAAAAUCAGAAUGAGAACCAUUCAAUGGAGGAUUUGAAAGACCCAAAGUCUCUACUCAUUGAGCACUCGCUACCCGUUUCACAGCACUCUGGUUUGAGGCACUCUAGUUUGAAGUCCACACUCCUGAGGGUUUUCAGCUGCAUGCCUCUGCAGAGCAGACGGCUGAGAAAUUAACAGCAGGACUUGAACCUCUUACAUGUUGUUUAAUCGUGGACUGAAGUGUGCAAGACCGUAAAGUUUGCAUGAUCUGAGCUCCACGUAAUGGACACAGGGCUUCAGUGAGAGUUUGCGUCUUGUGAAGAGUGAAGGCCUGAAAGUCUUCCGUGCGACUUGACUUUGUGUGAACUUGACUGUGAUUUGGAAGGCACUGAAUCUGCCUCCAUUUAAAGUUGUGACUGUGAACCUUUUUGUUAUUUUAUAUCAGCAACAACAAAUAAGAAAACAACAAAAAAAUCAGAUCAGCACUGUGUUUAUCUGAACAACGAAGAUGAUUUAAAGUACGAUUUAAUAAUGCAGUUUAUUUUAUAUUGAAAAGUAUUUUAUUAUUUAUGUAUGUUGUGUUUAAACUUUUUUAUCACUUAGCCUGUUUUAUACAUUUUUAAGAAAACUUUGUCAUGUUUGUUAAUUUUGUCCUGUUUUAAGAAUCACAAAAAUGAAGGAUUCUAACCUUAGAAAUAAGAUGUAUUUACAUAAAUUAUGUAACAAAUACAGUGAAGUGCAAACUGUCUACUAUGUAAAUAGCCGCCUGUGAUACAAACAUGUUAAUGAACAUCAUCUGUGAAUAAAGUGUUUGGAACUGAAGGAGAAUAUGUUCAGUUUUCAAUUAUGGGAACCGUUUAAUAAAUGUUCAAAAGUA